AUGACAAAAGGGCCUGAAGGAGGUAAGCUCUCAAGUAAUACUAUCCCAAAUCCGAAGGGAAGCUUUGAAUCUGCCAAUGCCAUCACCACCAGAAGCGGAAAGGUCAUCCAUGACGUCCCCAAGGCACAAAAGAACACCACCUUGUCCAUUGAUGAAGAAGAGGAGACGCCAACUUCAAAAAGGAAGGAAAAAAGUGACCCAACGACGUCCAGGAUUGAAACUGACCUUGCCAUCCCAGACCCUGCGACGUCCAGGAUUGAACGCUCAUUGCAAUCCCCAACGAAAACAGAAACCAAGGGUAAAAUGUCUAACUCUUCAGUUCCAGUUAUUACUAAUGCUUUCCCUUCUCCUAUGCCUUUUCCUCGCAGAUUUGCUAAAUCCAAGCAAGAAGAAAGCGACAUGGCUAUUUUGGAUACUUUUAAGAAAGUGCAGGUCAACAUUCCCCUUCUUGAAGCUAUAAAGCAAGUGCCCAAAUAUGCAAAGUUUUUGAAGGAGCUUUGUACAACAAGAAGGAGAAUUCGAGAAAAGGAGGUUGUGAAGGUGAAUGAGAAUGUCUCAGCUGUUAUUCAAAGGAAACUUCCCCCAAAAUGCAAAGAUCCUGGAAGCUUCACCAUUCUUUGCGUUAUCGGUAACACUAGAUUUGAAAAUGCCAUGUUAGAUCUAGGUGCAUCUAUAAAUGUCAUGCCUUAUUCUGUUUAUGCAUCUUUAGGUCUAGGUGAACUUAAAACUGAUAACGUUAAUCACUUGAUCUUUCCCGCGGAUUUUUAUGUUUUGUACAUGGAGGAAUCCACCAUAAACCCAACACCACUUUUGUUGGGUAGACCUUUCAUGCGGACUGCUAGGAUAAAAAUUGACGUCUACGCUGGCUCUCUAAUCAUGGAAUUUGAUGGAGAUGUGAUAGGCUUCAAUAUCUUUGAGGCUAUGAGGUAUCCAAUUGAAUUUUAUUCAUGCUUUUCUAUUAACAUACUUGAUACUCUUGCACAUAAAGUUUUGGAAGCAAUAAGAAAGGAUACGUUAGUCACAACCAUUGAGCAAGGCAUUGGCUACACCCAUGAUGGCGUCAUGGUCCCCAUGAAGAACCUUCAGAAAACGUUGGACCCUCCAACAUUGGAAGAUGUUUCCUCCAUUGAAACUCAUCUGCGUUAUGAAGGCCCCUACACUUGA